GGUCUGUGUCACUGACACUGUGUGACUUGUAAGGUAUAAAUUUAUAAAAUUUUAUGACCCAUCACCAUUAAGUGUGCUCGUACAUGUAUGAGAGAGAUUGGAAUAAGGGAUUGACAGUGUUAUAAGUGUAACGGGAACCAGAUUAAAUAUGUAUCUGGUCCAGUUACCCCAGGUUUGAUAUUUGGAUUCCUUGAUUAUGUUCAACGCCUCAAUAAAGACAAAGAUUGCUGAUAAUCGAAAUGUGUUUAUGAAGUGAAAGGAACCUCAAUCCUGUCCAUUUCUGCUGGGUGUUCGCAGAAUAUGUCAUCAUUAACACAAGAACAAAGACAAAGAAUUGAGGAGAAUAAAAGGAAAGCAUUGGCAAAGAGGACACAGAGGCAGAGUCCUAUAAAAUGCAGUUCUCAAGACCAAAGACAACGCAUUGAAGAAAACAGACAGAAGGCUCUUGCUCUUCGAGCUGAAAAACAGAGCCCUACAAAAGUUAGUACAUCUGUGAAUGUCAAUCUAUUGGCUGCGCAAGGAGUUAAUGAGGCUGUGGGCUGUUCUCAUUCCUCCAAUACUUUCUACAGCAAACAAUCUGACAUCCUCUGUUCUUUAAAGCAAAGAAUGGUGUCUUCUUGUAGUGGUCCAUCUGCAACUGGCUCUAACAGGAACACUGUGAACAAUACGAUUUCAAGCAAUUCAUGUAGUAAUUUAUCAAGAACUAAUGCUGGUGACUCAAAUAAUAAAAAGACAAACGUUUUAAGCACAGGGCCAGUAAAUAAAUUUCAGAAAUGGUCAACUCAGCCCAGUUAUCUUAAACAAGGGCGACAACAGUCCAAUAAAGAUUCAGAGGCGAAUUUAGCCAAGAUUGCAGAUUCCAUAGCAACCUCUGGAGGCCCACCCCAGAGCACCCUCGGAGGAGGCACAACAGCAAAAUGUCUGCUGAUCUCCAGGGAGAGAUUUGAAGUCAGUGCAGGGUAUUACCCUCCCAUCGUUGAUUUGUUUAAAUCCAUGACAACCAAAAAAUAUGAUGCAGUUACAAAGAAGUGGUCAUUUAGAUUAGAGGAAUAUCAGAAAUUAGUGUCGGCUAUGAGAGGCAUGAGUCCACAAGUACGGCUGGUUCCCCUCCCACAACCAAUUCUAUCCACAUUCCAACAACAGUUAAAAGGAAACUACCCUGACAAGGAAAUCCCAACAGCUGAUCUAAGUCAUCUAGACCAGAAUCUGGUCAACUAUUUACUGCCAUUUCAGAGGGAGGGAGUCAGUUAUGGUAUCCACAAGCAAGGGCGGGUUCUGAUAGCAGACGACAUGGGUCUGGGUAAAACGAUUCAGGCAAUUUGUUUGGCCUGUUACUAUAGAGACGAGUGGCCGUUCCUCAUCGUUGUGCCGUCCUCAGUUAGAUUUGACUGGGCACAGCAACUUCAGCGCUGGGUGCCAAGUCUAGAUUCACAGGAAGUGUUUGUUGCCAUGACAGGGAAGUGUGAUUUAUCAGGUCACAAGGUCUGUAUCCUUAGUUACGACCUCAUGACCAGGAAGUCCAAGGAACUCCUGCAGAAGAACUUCAAUGUAGUCAUCAUGGAUGAAUGCCAUUUCUUGAAGAAUUUUAAAACAGCAAGAUGCAAAGCCGCUAUGCCAAUUCUUAAGUCUUCCAAGCGAGUGAUUUUAUUGAGUGGAACCCCUGCCCUGUCCAGACCCCAGGAACUCUACACUCAGAUUUGUGCUGUUAAACCCUACAUGUUCCAGUAUCAGGAGUUUGGGGUCCGGUAUUGUGAUGGAAAAAAGAAUGCGUGGGGCUGGGACUUCUCAGGAUCCUCUAACAUGGCAGAACUACAGAUCCUGCUGGAGGAGAGUAUAAUGAUCAGGAGACUGAAGAAAGAUGUGAUAACUCAACUUCCAGCCAAAGUGAGACAGAUGAUAUUGUUAGACCCUGGUUCAGUGAAGACAACAAAGCAAAUGGAACAGCAGAGCAAAACCAUGGAACUCAAGUCUCUCAAGGGGAUGGAAAGAAGAGGUGCUUUACUGGAAUAUUUCCACCAUACUGGGGCAGCAAAAGUAAAAGCUGUCAAGGACUAUGUGUUGGACUUGCUGGAUUCAGACAAGAAAUUCCUCAUUUUUGCCCAUCACCAGGAAGUACUAAAUGCCAUUGAAACUGCUGUUCAAUCAAAGAUUCUUGAACAAGUUAUUGUAAAACGAAUCGAACCUCAUCUGGAGAUGCAUCAACUGCAUGACAUUUUUCAGUCCGCGUACAGAACGGGACACUCUACAGAAACUGCACUAAUGAAGAUUGAGAAAGGUUAUAUAAGGAUUGAUGGGAAAACCUCGCCUGAACAACGUACUUUUUUCUGUACGAAAUUCCAGACCAGUGAUUUGAUCCGAGUGGCGAUAUUGUCUAUCUGUGCUGCCAAUGCUGGUUUGAAUUUGUCAGCUGCCAGUCUGGUGGUGUUUGGUGAACUUUUCUGGAACCCUGGGAUUCUGGUUCAGGCUGAGGACAGAGCUCACAGGAUGGGACAGAGAGACAUGGUCAGUGUCCACUACCUAGUGGCCAGAGGAACAGCUGAUGACCAUGUCUGGCCACUUGUCCAGAAGAAAUUAGAGGUGUUAAGUAAGGCUGGACUCAGUAAAGAGGACUUUUCUGCUGCAGACACCAAAGUUGUAAAAGAUUCCAGGCAAAAAGAUUUAACACAGUACUUUGAAGAAAGUUUUAUGGAGGACAGUGUUGCUGAUAUGUCAUUUAAAGACAACCAAUCAAAGACAACCGAUCUACCAAUGGCCAAUGAGACCUCAGAAGCUGAACAGAAAGUGACCAAUCGAAAUGUUCUAAAUUCUAGAUUGUCUGUGAAACCAGUGAAACCUAAAGCAGAACAGACAUUAUUUAACUACUUUGGUGCUAAAAAAGAUGCUUCAUCUUCCAAACUGGAAGGGACCAGUGGUUCUACAGAUAGUGAGCUAGCCCAGAUCAAUGAAGGCGAUUUGUUCGAUGAUGACGAGUGGUUGAGGGAAAUGGACGAGCCUCAGAUUAAGAAACUGAAAUGUUGAUCUGAAAUAUUUGUAUCGCAUGUAUGUUAUAUGUACAUUUUGCUCAUACUCUACAAAUUGAUGAAAAUGUGUUGGAAAAAUU